UAAUUUUCAUGAUAAAGAUUUUAUUACAACUUCAUAUUGUUUAUUAUAGCAAUGCAAAUAUUAAAUACAAUUAAAAGUUCGAUAUUCUAGAUAAAUAUCUUUUUUUUUAGAGGGAAACAUUAAAAUGGAUUUUAACAGUGAUAAAGAAGUGUUAAUAAAUAUUGACGGUGAAGCGGAUUUAAAGAAAAAAUUUUCAACAAGUGCAUAUGUUGAUGAAGAUGUCGAAUCAGAAUCUGAUGAUAGUGAAAUGCGUUCGAGUAGUUUUAAGAAAAAAGAACUAAAUGCUAACAAAAAUCAAAUCUCUUCAAAGGCUGAGAAUAAUGAAGUUAUGGAUAAUAAGUCUUCAUCAUCAGGCCAUAUAGUUGAAGAGGAACCAAUUGUUUUUAAAACUUCCGCUCCAGCAGUUAAUAAUUCUGGUUUAGCAGUAACUACCGCAACAUCACAACCGAUAAUACAAACGGGGUCACCACCACCACCUCCAUCUCAGCAACAGCCCACAUUUCGUUUGCGAUCUCGUACCGCUGUUAUUAAUGAAACUGCCGCCGACCAAAAGGACAUUUAUGAGAGUUUAGAUUAUGAUGUCUGUGAGAAUGUUUUAUUUCAAAAGGAACAACAGCUCACUAGUAAUACUCGUUUUUCAAUACGUAAAGAUAUUUUACGUUGGAUUAUUUUCAUACAAAUUGGUAUUAUAACAGCGUUGAUUGCCUGUGCCAUUGAUAUUGUAAUUGAGGAGUUGUCAGCCAGAAAAUAUGAAUUUCUUAAACAUUCUGUCGACAUUAAUGUUCCCCACGAAACAAACUCUGGUGACUUAGUGCUGCCCUACUUAUACUGGAUUGGUCUAAGUAUUGUGCCCGUAGCAAUAGGUGCGGCCAUGGUAACCUAUUUAGAGCCCAUUACCGCUGGCAGUGGUAUACCACAAGUGAAAAGUUAUCUAAAUGGUGUCAAAAUACCACGAAUUGUUCGAAUUAAAACAUUGGCUAUUAAAUGUAUAGGUGUUGUUACUUCUGUGGUAGGAGGAUUAGCGGGUGGAAAGGAAGGUCCCAUGAUACAUGCUGGUGCCGUAGUGGCAGCUGGUAUUUCACAAGGCAAAAGUACCACAUUUGUUAAGGAUUUUCGAGUUUUUAAAGCAUUUCGUGAUGAUCACGAAAAACGCGAUUUUGUUUUGGGUGGUGCAGCUGCUGGUGUAGCUGCUGCCUUCGGUUCACCCAUUGGUGGUAUGUUAUUUUCUUUGGAAGAGGCUGCUAGUUUCUGGAAUCAGAAUCUCAUUUGGCGUACACUGAUCGCUUCAAUCAUUAGUUCUUUUACUUUGAAUAUUGUUUUGUCCGCUUAUCAUGGUUUAAGUGAUUUUACAUUUACCGGUCUCUUUAAUUUGGGUAAAUUUGAACAACCACUAACCUUCGAAUACUUUGAACUACCCAUUUUUAUGUUAUUUGGUAUAACGGGUGGUUUGUUGGGCGCCGCUUGGAAUAGUUUUAAUACAAAAAUCAAUAAAUUUCGUGCCAGAUUUAUAAAGUUUAAAUUUGCUCGUGUUCUGGAGGCUAUACUAGUUUCAAUGAUUGGAGUAUCGCUGGCAUGUGCUAUGAUUUAUUUCAUUAACGAUUGUCGACCAUUGGGUAAUGAUCCCACCGAUUAUCCUACACAGUUAUUUUGUGAAGAUAAUGAAUACAAUGCUGUAGCCGCUUUAUGGUUCCAGACGCCCGAAGCAACAGUUCGUUCAUUAUUUCAUGAUCCUCCGGGUUCCCAUAAGAUUCUUACUUUAGCUUUGUUUACCUUGGUUUAUUACUUUUUAUCUUGCUCUACAUUCGGCCUAAAUGUAAGUUUAGGUGUAUUUAUACCCACCGUUUUAGUAGGAGCCGCCUGGGGUCGUUCUGUAGCCAUGGUUAUAUUUUAUUUUUGUCCUCAAGCUUUGUUUUUAAAUCCCGGUAAAUAUGCUCUUAUUGGAGCAGCAGCAAAUUUAGGUGGUGUUCUUCGCAUGACCAUAAGUUUGACAGUUAUACUUAUGGAGACUACAGGCAUUGAAACUUCUUUCUUUUUUCCUCUUAUCAUUACUUUAAUAAGCGCCAAAUGGGUGGGCGAUUACUUUAAUGAAGGCAUCUAUGAUAUACAAAUUAAAGUUAAUCAUGUACCCAUGCUACCCUGGGAACCCCUGCCGCACUAUAUGGGUUUAAAGGCCUCGAAUAUUAUGAGUUCUCCGGUUGUUUGUAUCAAGCUUAGAGAUAAAGCUAACUACAUAUAUGAUAUUCUAAAUCGUUAUAAACAUAAUGGUUUUCCCGUCGUCGAAGAUGUUGAAGGGAAUGAUCGUUCUACUGGUCGUGUUUGUGGUAUUAUACUGCGUUCUCAAUUGAUUGUUAUACUUUUAAAGUCAUUGUAUGAAGAAAAGAAACGUUUCUGGAUAAAUGACACUACUAUACAAUCAUUUAGAGAUGUUUAUCCCCGCUAUCCUUCGAUAGAUAAAGUACGUAUGUCUGAGGAUAAAGUAAACUAUACAGUCAAUUUGGAUAUAUUUAUGAAUCCCUCACCAGUAUGCUCAAGAGAGCAUGAUUCUGUACCGAAAAUUUUUAAUAAAUUUCGUGCAUUGGGUUUACGUCAUUUAAUUGUUGUGGAUCGUGAAAAUCGUGUUUCUGGCAUUAUAACUCGUAAAGAUUUCCUGUAUAAAUAACAAUUUAAUUGUUAAUUUUAAGUUUGUAACUUUUUAUUUUAGCCUUUAACAAAUUGUUUUAAUUUUAAAAUUAAAAGAAAAUAAAAGAUUUUUAGUUUUUUACAAA